GGAGUGGGGGGCUGAAGGGGUUGGUUGCCCGGGGUCAGCCUUAGAGGCCCUGUUCUGUUUGAAAAACGGGAUAAAGAGAACACGCCCCGAUUUGGCAUCCUUCAAGAAGCACCUCCAUCUGACAGCGAGAACAAUGACCCGCAGGAAUCUGGGCUGGCUGAAAGGAGACGAGUCGGAGGGAAACUGAGGCCGAACAGCUCAGACCUGCGACGGCAGAGAGGAAGGGUCAAGGCACGGAUGUCCACGCCGACUGGACGUCCCGGGUUCCAGUUUUGGAGAGAACAAAUUCUUCUACAGAACACACGCACGCUCGGACCCGUGCGCGCCCCAGGGGGCUUGAGGCGAUUCCGGGCCUGGUCAGCCUCGGGCCCCGACCCCUGGGCGGGAAGGCGACGGUGGGGGGCGAUUUCUCCGACGCGACGAGUCCGGGAGCCAGGCCUCGCAGCUGGCGGGGCGCUGGGAGGGGGCGCGCGCCAACACGCACAUUCCACGCCCGCGGCCCACUCCCCGCACGAAGUGGGCUUUGUCUCGCCCCCUGUCCCUUCGCCCCCGGGGAAGCAGCAGCGAAGUACCCCAAGAGGAAAGGGCGGGACCGGGAGGCGAAGGCUAGGAGCGCCAAGGCCCCGCCGGUCCCCGACCGGGCGCGUUUCAGCGGGCGGACGGCGGGCACCCGACUCCGCGCUGCGCCAGCCGAGCCAUCGCGGGGCGCGCGUCCCGCUCCGGGCCCCGGGGCUCAGCGGGCCCGGCUCGGGCGGCGCGCAAGGGCCAGGCCGAGGUCACCGAGCGGCGGGCUCUGGCCGCGGGAGCGCCGCCCCGGACCGGCAGCAGCAUGGGCGGCGGCAGCACUGGGCGGAUGAAGGAUGCUCUGCAGCUGGACGCUCGGGUUUCGCCGCCCCGGCCAAACCGGGCAGGAAGGACCGCGGGGCGGGGCGGGUAAGCCCCGAGGCUGGCGCAGUCACGGCCGGCGGACGCAGCUGGAGGCGAGGAACAAAGCCUUGGCGAGCGCCGGGUGCGCUGGUGCCCGGGGAGCAGCCGGUGCAAGCGGACCGUGCAACGCAGAACCCGGGCGCAAGUCGCGGCUUCCGGGCUUGGCUCAGCUCCGGCCGCCGCCGCCCCCGCCGCCUCAGGGCCGAGGUGCCGCUGGCCGCGUCCCCAGCCCGCCCAUCGCCCACCCGGCUCCACUCGGGCCCUCGUCGCGCAUGCGCUCCGUCCCCCCCUUAAAGGGCCAGCGCAUUCCCUCAGUCCUCCUCCUCCUCCUGCAGCCAUCCCUCCACCCCAAGUAAUCUCGAGCGUGCGGGUGAGCCUUCGGGCCCUUCUCACUAAUCUCUCGGGGCGCCGCGAGGCAAAUGAGGAGCUGCAGAGGAAGUUUACAAUGCGCCAAACGGAGCGCAACUUGCACGGAGAUUCCGGGUGCUUAAGGCCUGAAGGCCUACGCAGGUGUGGGCGGGAUGGCCGCUGGGGUCGCCCCUAUUCCUCCCGCCUGGACCGGACUCUGGGCGUCCCCGCCGCCGCCGACUGGGCUGGAGGGAUGCUGCGCCCCAGCCUUGUGGGACCGCGACAUGGGACUGGGGGACGCUGGUUGGUGGGAGUCAGCUGACCCAGUACUCAGCCUCUGAAUUGCGGAGACCCGAGGCACCCGCACCCCACCUUCAUUCCACAGAGCGGCAACGCGGGGAAAAGGCGCCAACUGUGAGCAGAGGGGAAGAACUUGAAUAAAAUUUGACAG